AUGAAUAGACCGCCACAGGGCUACGGUCAGCCACCGGUACGUGCGACAAGGUAUCCAGGGGGCCAAGAUGACUUCUACAUGCCAGAGGUCAUAUCUCCCUCUCCCCAAAGAGUGAUGCCAGAAGUGCCUGAGAACAUGCAGGACAAUAUCGCUCAGUUGGAACAUCGCGCUCAUGACCCCCGCCGCGCUCAACAACCCGCUCAGUACCAAGGCGCCUAUCCCCCGCGCACUUCAUCGGCCGCCUCAGGUCCGCCACAACACAACCAGAUUCAAGAUCCCACUUCCUACGCACAAUCUGCGACUUACGACAGCAUGGAUCAUCCCAACUUCUCGCCAUUCCCUGUACUACGGAACCCCCCACCUAAUGUUCCGCCUACCGAUGAACAAAGAGAAGCCAGCCUGGAGCGCGCACGAAUGGCUGUACUAUCUACUACAGAUCCCGAGAUGCAACUAGCUUGGGCUAUGGAUGCUCUCGCAUUCGUCGAGGUCGCCGCACAGAACGAAGCCCGUCUCAGUCUCACGCAACCCCCGCGCCCGCAGACCCCGCAGGUCGAACGCCAACUCAGAGUCGAUGCCAUGAAUAUUGUUGGCUUUCUGGCCGAACAGCGCCACCCCAAAGCGGAAUUUAUCAAAGGCAUGUGGCUUGAGUUCGGCAAAUUUGGCUGCCCCGUGGACCGCAAGGAGGCAUUUCGAUCGUAUUCUCGGGCGGCUGAGAAGGGAUAUGCGCGUGCUGAAUACCGGAUCGGAAUGCAGUUCGAGAGCUCGGGAGAGCCAGAGAAGGCGAUCAAGCAUUAUCAGCGGGGUGUAUCGCGAGCGGAUUCUGCUUCGUACUAUCGCCUGGGAAUGAUGAUUCUUUUGGGUCAACAUGGUCAGCGCCAGGAUUUCAACACUGGAUUGGAAUACAUUCGAUUGGCAGCGCAAUCAUGCGACCAAAAUGCACCUCAAGGUGCAUAUGUAUACGGCAUGCUUCUGGCCCGGGAGCUCCCUCAGGUGAGCGUGCCGGAAAGCUUCCUACCAAUGGAUCUAAAUUUGUCUCGUGUCAAUAUUGAAAAAGCGGCCUACCAUGGAUUCGCCAAAGCCCAGGUCAAAAUGGGAGCCGCAUAUGAACUCUGUCAGCUGAGUUGUGAUUUUAACCCCGCAUUGUCUUUGCACUACAAUGCAUUGGCGGCUCGUCAAGGCGAACCCGAAGCCGAGAUGGCGAUCAGCAAGUGGUUCCUUUGUGGACAUGAGGGAGUCUUUGAGAAGAAUGAUGAGCUAGCAUUUACAUACGCCCAACGUGCAGCUCAGAGCGGUCUUCCUACGGCUGAAUUUGCUCUGGGAUAUUUCUAUGAGGUUGGUAUCUUUGUUCAGUCUGACAUCAAGGAAGCCCGUUCUUGGUACGCCAAAGCUGCUGCCAGUGGCAACAAAGAUGCAUCUGGUCGGAUCGAAAGUAUCUCGCGCUCAAAGACUCUGUCCCGAAAGGAUCAUGAGAAGGUCGCAAUCUCACGCAUCAAGUCGACACGAUAUACUGCUCAUCAGCGAGGCAAUUCCCUAGAAUCAACCCCUGAGAACAUCCAAAUGCCCGAUCCAUCGAGAAUGACCCUUUCUGACGGUCCACCAUCUGCUGCUCCUUACCCCGAUCGUCCCCACUCCACUCGCCCUCGGCCCCAGCAGGGAUACCAACUGUCCGAUCCUCGCCCAAGCUCUGCUUUCGGCGUCAACCCCAACCUCCGACAAAAUGUGCCUGCAGGUUACGGGGGCCAACCUCACCCAGGACCUGGUUCUCGCACCCCAUCCUAUGGGCCCGGCGGUCCUGGUGGCCCCAGUUCCAUGAACUACCGCCAGCCUGGACCUGGAACGCCCCACAGCGCACCUGCUGGAUCAACUAGCCCACAGGCUGCCAACAUGAUCAGCCCCGGUGGAACCCCUCGUCUCGAUAUUGGAUACUCUGCGCCAAUGCCGCCUCCUGGUGGAAGACGUCCUCCGCCUCGACUGGAUUCGGCACCUCCAAAUCAGAACAACCCUAUGAGAACCCCGGCUUCUGGCCACAACGGGAUGCCUUCACCUAGACAGCAGGCAACUCGCCCACCGGGCUCUCCCUCGUUCCCUCCCCGCACAGAGUCCCGACAACCUUCUCGAGGCUCGGGUGCCUCCACACCCCAGCCGGCCCCUUCAGUUGCGUCGUCGACCUCAUCUGCCCCACCGCAGCAACCACCGCAGCAAAAGCCCGCUGCUAAACCGGCCAAGUCUGGCCAACUGCCAGGCAAGGGACCCAAGACCUUUGAGGAAAUGGGUGUUCCUAGUGCGAAGAAUGACAAUGAUUGCGCCAUCGAUGUCUCCGCAAACCUUCAUAACAAGAUUACCAAAGCACAAGCCGCCAAGGUUCUCCGAGAACUGCACGAGAAGAAAGAGAUCGAAGGGCGGGUGUCUGGAAAACAAAACGUCUACCAUGCAAUACAAGACCCCUCGGAUUACACAACCUCCGAGGUAGCCACCGCACUCAAGCUCGAAAUCGACAGCCUUGAGAGUCAGCUCUUGAUCUUAAAGGCAACCGAGAAAAAGGCCCGAGCAGCUUUAGCCACCCUGACUACAACGCCUCGAGUGUCCGAUCUUCGCCAGGACAUUGACCGUCUAGAGAGCGAAGAAUCGGCGAUCCAGGCCCGCUUGGCAAGCCACCACGAGGGCGACCCUGUUCAACUUUCACCGACAGAAAGAGAAAAGCUUGAAAAGGAAUGGAAACAAUGGCAGCGGCAUGUCAGCGUGCGUCGGCGGAUUUUCCGUGAGUUGUGGGGACAGUGCUCUGAGGUUCUUCCGGAGGGCGUGACCGCAGGGAAUCUCUGGGUAAGACUUGAGAUACAAAAAGUUAUUUGA